AUGGCCUCCCCAUUCAGAGACCCGUUGAAUAUUCCUCGUGCCGGCUCGCCCUCCUCCUUCGCUGCCCGCCAGUUUGGAACCUCGGUGCCUCGUGCGGACGCGACAGCCAGGCUCGCAUCGCCCGUUCCCUCACAGCAGUUCGGCACCCCCCAGGGACAGCCCAUCAAUGGAGUCUCCUCGAGAGCCAGCAUCUCGGGUGACGUGAACAGCCAGGCGCCCUUGCCCGGCGGCGUCGCCUCCAGCGUCCAGGGCCCCGGCGUGUCCGCCCUCGCUGCCGCCCUGUCAAACUCGAUCGGAGUCUCCCCUCCCAGGCACGGCACGCCCGCCGUCCGCACCUCCAGCCCGCCCCCGAGGCCUCUAUCGCCCGCCGCUGCCGGUGCCUUGCUCGGCAGCACACCUCAGACCAACUACGGUUCGUUCGACUCGAGCAAACGCAACCCCGCCACCGGCGCGUACGAGGACCCCGAGAUUGUCAAGAGGCAUCUGGUCCAACCCACGGAUGCCGGCUCCGAGGAAUCGAGCCUGCGAGAUGGUGUCAAGGGAAAGCAGUCGGCCGACCCCGCAGGAGCCGGCCUGGACGAGGAGGAAUUUUCCAGUCUCCGUCUGCAGGGCGGCGACGUCACAAGAGGCAUUUACAAAUGGUCUGAGGAGGCCGAGGCGAGAAACAAGAUGCAGCGCAGCAAGAGCUUCAGCGUCUCGCGGCCGAACCCUGAGAACGAGGUGCUCGAUAUCAACGCCAUCAAGGUUCCUGGUGGUUUCCGCCGCAACUACCUGAGGAGGUCGGCGCGAAGCCCUUCGGCAGAUCGAGGUCGUCUCGAGGCCGGCGAGGGCACCAAUGCUGCCCAGCCACGCAUGCUGACCUCGAGCUUCCUCGAGUUCCUGAGCAUGUACGGCCACUUUGCCGGUGAGGAGCUCGAGGAGGACGACGAGGCUCUGCAGCCAGGCGAGUACUUCUCGUCUGGCCCCGACGACGACUCCUACUACAGCGACGAGGGCAGCGACGAGGACAGGGAACCGAUGGAGGACAGUGCUCUUUUGACACCCUCGCGCCGCAAGAGGAGGAGAAAGCCUCGUGGCGGCAGUGGCACCAACAGCCCCAUGGGUGCUGCCAUGCUUCUGUUGAAGUCGUUCGUCGGCACGGGUGUCCUCUUCCUGCCGCGUGCCUACCUCAGCGGUGGCAUGUUGUUCAGUAACCUCAUCCUGCUCUUCGUUGCGGCCCUGAGUUACUACUGCUUCGUCCUCCUCGUCACGACCCGUCUCAAGGUCGAAGGCUCCUUCGGAGACAUCGGUGGUAUCCUCUACGGCAAGUGGAUGCGGGGCAUGAUUUUGAGUUCCAUCGUGCUGAGCCAGAUCGGCUUCAUCGCGGCGUACAUGGUGUUCACUUCGGAGAACCUGCAGGCGUUUGUGCUGGCUGUCACCGAUUGCAAGACGUACAUGGAUAUCAAGUGGUUCAUUCUGAUGCAACUGGCAGUGUUCCUGCCCUUCUCGCUGAUGCGCGACAUUGAGAAGCUUGGUGUCACGGCUCUCGUCGCUGACGCCUUCAUCCUCAUCGGCCUUGCCUACCUUUUCUACUACGAUAUCCUCACCCUGGCCACCAACGGCCUGGCGGACAUCAUCAUGUUCAACCAAGACAACUGGACCCUCUUCAUCGGCACCGCCAUCUUCACCUUUGAAGGCAUUGGCUUGAUCAUUCCGAUCCAGGAGUCCAUGAAGCACCCGACCAAGUUCCCCCGCGUCCUGUUCAUCGUCAUGAUCAUCAUUACCACCGUCUUCAUCGUCAUGGGCGCCUUCUCCUACGCCGCCUACGGCUCCAAGACGGAGACUGUCGUUCUGCUCAACCUUCCACAGGACAGCAAGCUCGUCAACGGUGUUCAGUUCCUGUACUCGGUCGCCAUCAUGCUGUCGACGCCGCUGCAAAUUUUCCCCGCCAUCAAGAUUACGGAGAACGGCCUCUUUACCAAGAGCGGCAAGUACAACCCCUACAUCAAGUGGCAGAAGAACUGCUACCGCUUCUUCUUUGUCUGCAUGUGCUCUGCCAUCGCCUGGGGUGGUGCCGCCAAUCUGGACAAGUUCGUCGCCCUCGUCGGCAAUUUCGCAUGCAUCCCCCUGGUCUUCAUUUACCCUCCCCUCCUCCACUACAAGGCCGUCGCGCGGAACAGGUACUGGAAAAUCGCCGACGCUAUUCUCUGCGUCUUUGGUUUCGUGGCCAUGUCCUACACUACUGUUCUGACCGUCAUGAACUGGGCUGCGGGGCCCUCCGGACCUCCUCUGCCGGGCUACUGUGACUCCAAGGGCAACUAA